CAGUCCAAAAAGGCAAAUGGGCUCCCUCCUCCAAGGGGCUCGCUUGGCGCGAGGUGCUAGCCCCAUAUCUGCCAUGCAAAACGAGGGAGCUUUAUGAAGGAAUCCGUCUUGUAAAGCCAUUGGUCCUGGUCAUCCGCCUCUACCCAAUGCUUUCGUGAUGCUGCCGCUGAUCUAUUUGGGAAGUUGGCUGGCUGGCGAGGCAGAGCCUCUCCUCAAAGCCUGGCUCCCACGGAAAAUAUGCUCAGAGCAGCGGCGCGCGUGAAUGCAAACGCCGCCGGGCGCUUCUAGUCGGGCAAAAUGCAGCCGAGAACUCCGCUGGUCCUGUGCCUUCUCCUGUCCCAGGUGCUGCUGCUAACAUCUGCGGAAGCUUUGGAUUGCACUCCUGGAUUUCAGCAGAAAGUGUUCCGUAUUGAACAACCAGCUGAGUUCAUUGAGGACCAGUGGAUUCUAAACUUGACCUUCAGUGACUGUAAGGGAAAUGACAAGCUGCGCUAUGAGGUCUCAAGCCCAUACUUCAAGGUGAACAGCGAUGGCAGUUUAGUCGCCCUGAGAAAUGUCACUGCAGUGGGCAGGACUCUAUUCAUCCACGCACGGACACCCCAUGCAGAAGACAUGGCAGAACUCAUGAUCGUCGGAGGGAAAGACAUCCAGGGCUCCCUGCAGGAUAUAUUUAAAUUUGCAAGAACUUCUCCAGUCCCAAGACAAAAGAGGUCCAUUGUGGUAUCUCCGAUUUUAAUUCCAGAGAACCAGAGACAACCUUUCCCAAGAGAUGUUGGCAAGGUAGUGGAUAGUGACAGACCAGAAGGGUCCAAGUUCCGGCUCACUGGCAAGGGAGUGGAUCAAGAGCCUAAAGGAAUUUUCAGGAUCAAUGAGAACACUGGCAGUGUCUCGGUGACACGGACCCUGGACCGGGAAACGAUUGCUACUUACCAACUAUUUGUGGAGACGACUGACGUCACUGGCAGAACUCUUGAGGGGCCGGUGCCUCUGGAAAUAAUCGUGAUUGAUCAGAAUGACAACAGGCCAAUCUUCCGGGAAGGCCCCUACAUCGGCCACGUCAUGGAGGGCUCACCGACAGGGACCACGGUGAUGCGGAUGACAGCCUUUGACGCGGACGACCCCGCCACCGACAAUGCCCUGCUGCGGUACAAUAUCCGUCAGCAGACGCCUGACAAGCCGUCGCCCAACAUGUUCUACAUCGAUCCUGAGAAAGGCGACAUUGUCACCGUCGUGUCACCUGCGCUGCUGGACCGGGAGACGCUGGAAAACCCCAAGUAUGAACUUAUCAUCGAGGCCCAAGACAUGGCAGGACUGGACGUUGGGUUAACAGGCACUGCCACGGCCACCAUCAUGAUUGAUGACAAAAAUGAUCACUCACCAAAGUUCACCCAGAAGGAGUUUCAAGCCACAGUGGAGGAAGGAGUUGUGGGAGUGAUCGUCAAUCUGACGGUUGAAGACAAGGACGAUCCCGCCACUGGUGCAUGGCGAGCCGCCUAUACCAUCAUCAACGGAAACCCUGGGCAGAGCUUUGAAAUCCACACCAACCCUCAAACCAACGAGGGGAUGCUUUCUGUCAUCAAGCCUCUGGACUAUGAAAUCUCUGCCUUCCACACGCUGCUGAUCAAAGUGGAGAACGAGGACCCACUGGUCCCCGACGUCUCCUACGGCCCCAGCUCCACGGCGACCGUCCACAUCACCGUCCUGGACGUCAACGAGGGUCCCGUCUUCUACCCAGACCCCAUGAUGGUGAGCAGGCAGGAGAACAUCUCCAUAGGCAGCGUGCUGCUGACUGUGAACGCCACGGACCCCGACUCCCUGCAGCAUCAGACCAUCAGGUACUCUGUCUACAAGGACCCAGCAGGCUGGCUGAACAUCAACCCCAUCAAUGGGACUGUGGACACCGUGGCCGUGUUGGACCGCGAGUCCCCGUUCGUCCACAACAGCGUGUACACUGCGCUCUUCCUGGCCACUGACAGCGGCAGCCCUCCUGCGACUGGGACAGGAACACUGCUGAUCACCCUGGAAGACGUGAACGACAACGCACCCUUCAUCUACCCCACCGUGGCUGAAGUCUGCGACGACGCCAAAAACCUCAGUGUGGUCAUCUUAGGAGCCUCAGAUAAGGAUCUUCACCCAAACACAGACCCGUUCAAGUUUGAACUCCACAAGCAGGCUGUCCCCGACAAAGUGUGGAAGAUCUCCAAGAUCAACAGUACGCACGCCCUGGUAAGCCUCCUUCAAAAUCUGAACAGAGCCAACUACAAUCUGCCCGUCAUGGUGACAGAUUCAGGGAAGCCGCCCAUGACGAACAUCACAGACCUUAGGGUGCACGUGUGUUCCUGCAAGAACUCCAAAGUGGACUGCAAUGUGGCGGGGGCCCUGCGCACCAGCCUGACCUCCGUCCUGCUCAUGGCCCUCUUCGGUUUCGCGUGUCUGUGAGAACUCCUGGCAUCUGCAGCUUUACUACCGAGUUUCCAUAGCAACGGGGAAAAGGAGAAGAAAAUCCAAAUCUGAAGACUGCCAUUUCCAGGGGUCGAACUUC